UACACUGACAAUAACUCUAUCAAGUCAGCCACGAUAUAUUGCACUCAAUGCAGCAGUAGCUGAGGAUUUUUUCUCUUUGACGCAACACAAGUGAUUUGCACAUAUUUUAAUUUGGCCUCCUUAUUGGUAUUUUUUUUUACCACUUGUAUGCACAUUAUUGUGACAGUAUUAAUGUUUUUUUAUUCAUUUGUGACUGAAUUUCUUCAGUGACAAUACACUAAAGGCUGAGAAGUAAGAAGCAGAGUGAACUAGAAUACAACAGAGGCCAGUAAAAUGCAGGAUUAUGAGGCAUCCAUCUCAUUUCUUGGGACGUGGGGCCGGUUUCAGAUGAAAGUCUUCUUUUUGCUGUGUGUCACCUGUCUUCCUGCCGGGUACAACAUCCUGUCUGUCAUCUUUCUGCUGGCUACCCCCCCACACCAGUGUUACAUCCCAGCACACAGGAACCUGAGCCAGGACUGGAUGCAGGCCAGCAUCCCACUGCAGGUGGCCGGGCAGCUGGAAAGAAGCAGUUGUAGCCGGUAUGAGCUGGACCUGGUGCAAAACCUGUCUGAGCUGGGAAUCAGACCCAACCUAGGCCAGAUCUACAACUAUUCUGCACUCGGAGCAAGCGCAGGGGUCAUGCUGUCCAGCCUGAAGCAGGAGGAGUGCAAAGAUGGAUGGAUCUACAGCACAGAGCACUACGAGUCGACUGUAGUCACUGAGUUUAACCUUGUGUGUGGCAACCGGUGGAAACAGCUACUGACCUCUCUCAUCUACUUUCUGGGAGGACUUUGUGGCUGUUUCCUCUCUGGACAGCUAUCUGACCGGUUUGGCAGGAAGCCUGUUCUCUUUGGUGCGAUUGCCACACUUAGUAUCUUCAGCCUUGCUUUGAAAUUUGCUCAGUCCUGGGCCGUCUUCGCUGUGCUUUUCUUCAUGGUUGGCAUGGGUCAGCUCACCAGCUACAUAGUUCUGUUUGUAUUGGGUUCAGAGAUCCUCGCUGGCUCAUCUAGAGUUCUCUACGCCAGCAUGUGUUUACCUUUCAUGUAUGUAUUUGGUAUGAUGCUGCUUCCUGCUACUGCCUACUUGCUCAGAAACUGGAAACACCUGUCGCUGUUAAUGGCCCUGCCUGGGCUGGCCAGCCUCCCCCUCUGGUGGCUGAUUCCAGAGUCUCCUCGCUGGCUAGUGUCUAAAGGCCGUUUGCAAGAAGCAGAACGCUUGUUAAGGUCAGCGGCUCUGGAGAACGGAGUGGAAGCUCCUCCUGUUAUCUUCCUCUCUGCAAAUGUUCAACAGUCUGAUAGCAAGAAGGCUGAGACCCUCAAUUUCCUGGACCUCCUAAAGGCCAAAAGCAUUCGAAGUGUCACACUCAUACUUUGGUUUCUCUGGCUUUCUACACAUGUGACCUAUUCUGGGUUGUCAUUCAAUAUGUCUACACUCUAUGGCAACCCCUUCCUGAAUUACUUCUUGCUGUCAGCUGUUGAGCUACCAGCAUACACUGUCAGCUGGCUAAGUGCAUGCAGGCUUUCCCGCCGCCUGUCUUUUAUCAGCUUCUCCCUGCUGGGGGCGCUAGCACUCUUCCUCAUCCAGGUCACUCUGCACAGCCAUCCAGCUCUCACCCUGUUCCUGGUGCUGCUGGGUAAAUUUGGUGUUCUGGUUGGCACGGGCAUUUUGUACAUGUUCACUGGAGAGCUCUCUCCCACAGUCAUCAGAAAUACAGUGAUGUCAUCCUGUGCCAUGCUCUCCAGAGUGGGAUCCUCUAUUUCCCCAUACCUACUGCAGCUGGCUGUGUUCUACGAGUUCCUGCCGUGGAUGCUUGUGGGUUCUCUCUCACUUGUCAGUGUCGUGCUCUGCUUUUUUCUUCCGGAGACCUUUAGAGAGCCGCUUCCCGACACCAUCGAUCAGAUGCAAGCAAUUCAGAGAUUCAGGUGGCCAUGUGCCUUCAAGCCACCCCAGAAGGAUGACAUGAAAUCAGCUAAAGACCAAACGUCUCUGCCUGAGAUCAUCUGUUCAACGCGCUUUUAAGACUCGGACACAGAAAUGAAUGAAGCUGCCUUCACCAACGCUACCACCAACAACAGAAUGUGAAACAAAAGACCUUAGUCCAUUCUGACAAGAUGGUUGUACUGUUUUCUGUCUCCAUCAUCUUCAAAGACUGUGAGAGAAACCGUAGAAUCUCCAGCAAUAUAGCAGCUUCUCUCUCCACAUUACAGAGCAAGGGGAGCUAAUACACAAUGAGUGUAAUUUUUUUACCUUUUAAAAGCAAAGGGGGGAAAAGUUUACCACGAUGAAGGUCUAGUUUAGCGUUUUUCCCUCCAUCGUUUAAAACACCCGUGCCUUUGAGAUAAACGUUAUUGUCAGUCAUAUGAAUGUGAAUGUGUUUAAGAAAUAAAGAUCAGAAAAUAUACAUUUCAGAUGAAGAUUUUUGUUGCUAGAUUGCAAUUUUUUGGUUCAGUCCUUGGUUCAGUCCAGCAGGACAUAUUAUCAGAAAAUGACAUUAAAAACUGCUCAGACACAAAUAGCAAUUAGCCACUGGGUAUGCACUCACCAGCCACUUUGUUAGGUACACCUGUUCAAUUGUGCGUUAAUGCAAAUAUCUAAUCAUCCAGUGAUAAGACACCAACUCAGUGCAUUUAAGCAUGUAUACAUGGUCAAGACGGUCUUCUGACAUUCAGACUGAGCUUCAGAACGGGGAAGAAAGGUGAUUAAAGUGACUUUGAAUCUGGUGUGUUGACUAGCUGGUCUGAGUAUUUCAGAAAUUUCUAUUGUAGGUUCUCUGCCUUACAACAUAAAGACCUUUGAGUUGGCUCCUAUUUAAAUUAAACUGAAUUGAACAGUAAUUGCUGAUUUACUGGGAUUUUCCUGCACCACCAUCUCUUGGGCUUCUAGAAAAUGGUCCAAAAGAGAGAAAAUAUCCAGUCAGCAGCAGUUCUCAGGGUGAAAAUACCGUGUUGCUGCCAGAAGUCAGAAAAGAAUAGCCAGGCUGCUUUGGGCUGAUAGGAAGGCAACAGUAAAUCACUUGUUACAACAGGGGUGUGCACAAAAAUCACAUUGAACCUUGAAGCAGAUGGACUACAGCAGCAGAAAACCUGAACAAGUUCCAUUCCUGUGAGCUGAACGUAAACGUAUCUUCUGAAUCCCAAAACAUUUAGAAGAUUGGGCUAGAAUUUGGAGUAAACAACGUGACAGCAAAGACCCAUCCUGUCUUAUCUGAAUGGUUCAGGCUUGGUAAUUCCAAAUAAGUGGGUUCAAAUGGGAACUUUAAACUGUAACAUUUGUGCAGUAAUUUAGAUGAAUCAUCUUCACUCCUCUUUCUUAUGUUUUGGCAAAACAAAGUACCAAGAAUAGAGCUUUUGCACAGCAGUUUUGACACUUCAUAUGUUUAAUUACAUUACUUUAGGCUCUGCAUAGAUCAGAACUGUCAUUCAAGUCAACUGUAAGGCCAAACUGUUCAGCAUCAGCUUCUAAACUAUAACAUAUCUGCAACUGAUGACAUGAACUGUACUACAGCACAGCUCCAUCUGUCCUCAGUGGCAGCCACAGCCACCAAAUUGAAAUAACCCGGCAUGUAUUCUUUAAUAGAAACAUGUUCCUGGUAUCAUAGAAACUCCACAACACCACAAAUCAACAAACAUUUACACAGAGACUCAAGACUUUACCCUUCCUCUUUUAAUAUGUAAUAAGUGAAAUGUGAAUGCACCUGCUGUACGUGUUUUGUUCAGUUUUAAUGAGUAACAGCAGUCACUUCAGCUUCUUAUUUAACGACUCCGCAGCAACUCAAAUCAAUGAACUUUCACACAGUUUCACAUAAUGGUUAAUUCAGAAGUUUGUUCUUCAUUGUUCUCACAUGUUUCCAUGUGUUUGAAACUGUGUAUUGUCUUUUAAAACAUAAGGGACAAAGAGAAAAUUAAGGAUUCAAAUUGUUUUGACUACAAAACAGGACUUUAUCCUUCCUCUUUCAAUAUGUGAAACAUACAUUCACCUGUUUUCUUUGGUUUUAACUUGUUCUACAUGUUUUUCUUUUUUUUUUUUUUAACUUAUUCAGUUUCAAGGUUCUUUAUCAAACUUUGUGUGGAAACUUGUUCCUCUUAAAAAAUGUUUAACCCACAAAUAAAGACUCCAUGACAACUCAGAUCAAUGACCGUUUUAUACAGUUUCACAUAAUGAUUAGUUUAGGAGUUCCACAUCAGUUUAUCCGGGUUUCUGUGUGUUUGAAACUUUUUAACUAACAUCCUUCAAAACAUAAGAGCAAAGUGAUCUUAUGUUUAUUUAUCUAAAAUGCUUUUGGAUAAAUAAGUUUGCCCUUUAAUAUGUAAAUCAUAAAGCCAGCUGUUUUUAUGUUGUCCUUUAACAUGCUUUACAUGUUUUUUAUAAUGAGUAACAAGAGUCCUUUCCUGCCUUUGCAAUCACCACAGUAAGAGCUGAAUUUUUGGGCUACCUGGCAAAAAAAACAUUGACUUAAAAAAAAAAAAUCUAGCCUCAAACUGGAUAAAACCUUCUCAAAUUUCAAGGAAGCGCACUUGUGGGCUCCUAUAUGGGGGCUCCAUUUUCCACCUCCAAAGGCUACCACUCUGUACACGGAUGAUUCUCUGAAUGCGGUGCCCUUCAAAUCCUCCAAACAUACUUCAAAGAUUCUCAGUUGCAGGAAACCUCAAAAUGCAUUUUAAAGCCAUCAAUCGGUAAAAACAAGCGCUUUCUCACUGUAAGAUAAAUAUAAAAAUAAAUUCAAUAAAUUUCUUUAAUUUGGAAAGAAAUUAAAGAAACUUAAUUUAACUGAACGUCAGAUCUAUACGAAAUUUAAUAACCACUGAAAUUUUAGUGCUACUGUAUUAUUAUGCAUAUUGUUUAACUCCACUAUAAAAUUCCAGUAUUUGCAUACCUCCAAUUUGCUUUCAACUCUGUUAAGCCCUACCAUUUACCCCCCCCCCCAGCCAAAUAAUGUCACAAGAUUUUUGACAUGAGCACAGAGGAAGUGACAACACCCUGCAAAAAAGUCAGCAAAAGCAGAUGCCACUCUAUUAUCGUACCCAUAUCUUAAGUUUUCUAUUGCCAGGCUGAGUUGAUCCGUCUUAACGCUGCAACUGUUUUCACAGGACUCUUUGCAGUUCUGUGAAAAACCAAGCAAAACCUUAAACUGUUACAAAGGAGUUAAGAGUGUAAGCAGCAGCCAAGUGCAGCUAACAAAACACACUUGAUUAACUGAUCAUAAGCAAAUGUAAAAACCCCUGUAACAACAGAAGUUUUGGCAGUUUGCUGCCAAAACGUUGUUGCAAUACUUUAUAGUCCUCAGUCAGAAUUUGAAAUAUUAAAGUCAUGAGAUUCAAAGUAGAAAAAGACAGAGUAUGACUUGUUUGGAAGGGUUUCCAUUAGAAAGCUACUUCUUAGACCUCUGGAAUAAUGUCCUGUGGAGUGACGAGACCAAAGUAGAGAUGUUUAGUCCUAAAGCACACAUCAAUGCAUAGUUUUGAGACAACACAAAGGUCGAGGUUAGAUGAAGUUAGGAUGACUUGCUUUGGCAGUCAAACAAAGCAGCUUAAAAAUAAAGGAAAAGUGAUGUUGUUGGGUUUUUGCUGAAGAACUAAGAACUCAGCUCCGUUCAGAGUGCUCAGAGUUUGAAAAUGUUUGGAGGAGCUAUUCUCCCAUCUGCUCAAGGACCUUCCAGCUCUUCUUCUUUCAGCUGCUCACUUUAGGAGUCCCCACAGCAGAUCAUGUACCUCCCCCUGUUCCUAUCAUCGUCUUCUGUCACACCAUCCACUUCACUUCUCUUGCAUGAAUUUUGUCCAAUAUAUCCACUCUUCCCCCAUGUCCAAACCACGGCAACCUUGCCUCUCUUCAAAACCGUUCA